AUGGUUGUGACAUACAGCAUCAGUCCGGCGUACAUCCAGGGACCGCUUAUCGCGGCAACAGUGUUCGGCGUUCUGGCGACUCUUUCCACUGCUCUGCGCCUAUAUGCAAUGCACUUGAAGGGACUAAAGCCCGGGAUCUCCGAGUUUUUCCUCCUGUUUGGAGUGUUGUUGAUGUACGGCGCUCUGUCCUUGCUCUACAUCAUGACCAAGUAUGGGGGUAUGGGUCUCCACAUAGAGGAUCUGCCGCGCGAGUCGAUCGUCAUAGCGAUGAAGUCGCUCUUAUCUAUCGAAUUUAUCUACGGUACUUCCCUCGGACUCGUCAAAACUUCAAUCGCUCUAUUCAUGGUCCGCAUCUUCGGAACAAAAGACGGCUUCAAAACCGGGGUCAUCGUGGCCAUGUUCGUUGUCUGGGCAUGGGUAACCAGUAUCAUCCUCGAAGCCUUCUUACUCUGUCGGCCGUUUCCCUAUAACUGGGACACAUCUGUUGGGGGAACUUGCGGCAACCGUCCGGCAGCUUUCAUGGUGGCUGGUAUCAUGAACGUCGUUACCGAUAUUAUGGUCAUUGCACUGCCUCUGCCGCACGUCUGGAAGUUGAAGCUCAACGUGCAGAAAAAAAUUGGUCUUACCUCUGUGUUUGGUGUGGGGAUUGUAAUCUCUGUCAUCAGUAUCAUCCGUCUCAUCUCUAUUUACAAACUGAACUUUGACGAUCCAACAUACACCCUGCUCGACCCUAUCAUGUGGACUGUACUGGAGCCUCAACUAGCCAUUAUCUGCGCCAACAUGCCAUUCUUCAAAACAAUCAUUGCCGCUUUUGCUCCUGCUAUGGGAUCCUCUGCUGACCGGAAGUAUGGGCCCGGUGUUUCCUCUGGAAGGACCUUCGACCGACUUGGGCAUUCAGAGAACAAUGGUACUUAUAGCAUGGAUCCGUUGGACACGAAGACGCACACGGUCAACGUUGGUCACAGCUUUGACUCUUCAAAAACCGCUAAUGCCGAUGUUGAGUCCGUCAGCUCGGAGGAGCAGCGCUUAGCCUCUAAUGCGAGUCCUUACGGGAUCAACGUUAUUCAAAAGUUCGAUGUGGAGUAUGAGAAGGCGAGUGUGCGAGGUUAG